UUUCUGCUAUCUGUUGGCCAUAACCGUCUGUCUGUCUGUGUGACUCCGUGCUCGUGGUCUAUGUCUGUGUUUGCUUUCAGUUUUGUCGCGGAGCCGCGAUCUGUCGCUGUCGUGAACUGUCGCAGUGUCCGUGCGCUGUUGGCAGCGGCCACAGCAGUAAUCGAUGGAAUCAGGCUGGGGGCUACGAGCAACACAGCAGAACUAGCGGCAGCUUGCAGCCAGUACAGAGAUCAGAAAAUAGAACGAAAUCAACAGACGGACCGUACAUAAUUACAGACUUUCGCAUACGCUCCUUACGCAUCAAGUCUCCAUGGUGUUGUUGUUGUUGCGGCGGCCGUCGUGGCCAGUGGUCGUCUCUAUAUACAACUCACAACAUUGACACAGACGCGCACUCACAGACUGCGGUCGAUCUGUCGCCUGCUAGGCAGCUAAAAUCAGCAGUGUUCGUUCAUAGGGAGCUGUUUGACUACAACAGGAGUCGUAGCAGCAGCUGCAGCGGGAGUAGGAGCAUACGCGACGAACAGAGGGAUACGACGACAACGGCCAGAUUGGAAGGAACGGAGGGGUGCGCCACCACCACCACCACCACCACAGCCGCCGCCGCCGCAGCAGCAGUAAAAGACAGCCGCCAACGAGCGAUAAUAGGUGUCAACGAGGAAGAAGUUAACAGCAGCAGCCAAGUUGCUGGUGCCCGUCUCGUCGCCGCCGCCGCCGCCGCCGCCGCCGUCGUCGUCGUCGUCGUCGUCAUCGUCAUCGUCGUCGUCAUCGUCGUCGUCGUCGCUAGGAGUGUGUGAGUGUACAUCAAGACCAGCAGCAGCCACUGCAAAUAUAUCGUCGCAGUGUAAAGAAGGAAGGAAGGAGUUGUGCUGCUUGCUUAGCCCGUUCGUUUGUUACUAUGUUGGUGGUCGAUUAGUAGAGCUGAUUCUUGCUCUCUCGUCGUGGGCCGCUGCUGUCGACCACCGCCACUACUGUUAUCGCUAGUAGUGUGCUGCUAGUAUUCGUGUUGCUGUCUCACUCGCAUUCGAUUCCAGCAACGGGAGCAGCUGCAGCGCUUGCUAAUUGGCGUGUGCUUGUUUGCCCACCCUGCCAACAACGACCUGUGUGUGCGUGUAGCAGCGGUCGCCUGAGCUGCACCAGCGGGAGCUACAGCAGCCGAGGAACGACGCCAGCGGCAGCCACAAAAGUCGCCGCACAGAGUGCAAAUACACAAACUGAUUGGAGACAGCAGUCAAUCGAGGCUCGAGACUCACGGACGAAACGCUGCAGGCACGCACGCAGGGAGGCCAGCCAAGGCGAGGCUAGCAGCACCAGACCACGGGAGCGAGUAGUGAGUGCUCCGGGGGGUUGUGUUUCGUUGCAGAUCGAUUGGUGUUUCUGUGCUCAGGGGCCACGCAAGUGUGUGCUGCUGCCACUUACCGCUACCGUCGCCGUUUGCUGGGUUUACGUGUGCGUGCGUGCGUGCGUGCGUGUGUGAGUGUGUGUGUGUGUGACUCCGCAUCGACGGCUGUCGUACGAGUGAGCCCACUAUUACUCGCGAGUACAGAAAAAGGCUCACCAACAGUAUCGCCACAACAACAAUUGAUAAUAUCAUCGAUGGUGAAAACAUUAGUUCACCAGUAGGGAUACUGACAAGUGCGCUAGCAGUAGCAAUAGCAGCACCUACAUCCAUCCACCAGCGACGUUCGUGUUUUCGACUUCUCGAACGCCGUGUAUCAGCAGUCGCAGCAGCACCGGCACAGAUAGACAAAUAGACGUACAAACGCUGCGUAACGAAGCUGAGGGUCCGUCGUUGUUCACUCGAACAACAGCAGCAGCAGUAGCCAUAGUAGCUUCAGAAAAAGAUGCAAAAGUAGCCGCAACAGCACAAGCAGGGGUCGUCCGCGUAAAAUGGGGAGAUAUUAGCCAUUCAAUCGGCUGUUAUUGUUGCUAUCGUCGUCGUCGUCGUCGUCGUCGUCGUCGUUGUCGUCGUCGUCGACGUCGACAAUCGUCGGUGAGCGGAUCGUCAGUUGCGCAUAACAACGAUUACCAUCACUAUCAGCAGCCAGUGAAAUAACUGGGCGGGUUAACUGGCAAACAAAAGGAGUUUGCGUGUAUGCGUGAGUCAGUACACGCGUGUCCUAUGCGUAUGUCCAGUUGUGGUGAAAACAGUAAAAACGAAUUGAGAUAGGUGUCUAGAAAAUCAGCGGAGGGAACAACGUAACACGGCAACCUCGGCCGAAGACCGCUCUCGUGAAUCGUAAUGAAAAUUUUAUAGUAACAGUUGUUGUUUAUCGUUGCGGAAUCGUAGUCGAAGUUUUCUGCAGUGAAGUGCGCUGACGGUGCAAACUGUGACGCGGACAGUUUGGUAGCUGAAGAAUACUGUAACCUAGUGUACAGGCCAGUAUUUCUGCUGAGAGAAUCAUCUGCCAACAGCGUGGCUGUGGCAGCACCACUAGUCACAAUAACGAUAACAACAACAGCAGCAAAGGCCACCAUCGUGCUCGUCUGUUAUCGCCGUGCUACCAGCCCUUAUCGUUUACCAUUAUUAUUAUUACUACUACUACUAAAACGCCCCGUUCUAGAAGGUCGGGUUCACCCCCACUCGUCCGCAUAGCGAGCUGCUGCUGCUGCUGCUGCUGCUGCUGCUGCUUUUCCAGACAGUGGUGUUUUUCUUUACGACGAAUCAGUGUGCGUGUUGUUACACACAGCUGCUCCAUACCUAGUCAAUAAUCUUCGUAUGGUGCAGUGGCCAGUGAGUUUUUGUGCCGUCAAUAGCACGGCCACUGGCAUAGCGCAGCAACAGCGUGUAAUUCCAGCGUCCUGAUUCCGUGCUGACCGUCAAAUCAUCAGCAUGUUUGUGGUUGGAUAGUAGUAUAGUGAGUAUUAGCUGUGCGCCUCUCGUCCUAUCUACGCGACAGCAUUAUUAUUACUUUUGGUCCUUCGAGCUAUUCGAGAAGGAAGUAACACGGGAGUGGAUAAGGAUACAUACAGGAAUACUGAACUAGACAUAGCGACGACAGAAAAUCGAGUGUGGAGCAGACUUGGACAGCUUAGAAAAGAGCAAGAGUAUGAAGUUGUAUUCGAGAAUUGCCUCUGACGUUCAGAAAAACAGUCAGUAGCAAUAGUACAUAUAAGUGUCGUUCUCACUACUAAUCGUUGAUUAGAGUUGGCGGAAGUAGACGGUACGUGUUGGUGGUGCUGCUGCUCUUUAUUCAGCCACCCUGUUCGGAUUGGCCGGAAGGCUCUAUCCACAACAACGAACGCAGUAUAAUAGCACUAACAGAUUAGUCCGACAGCAACUGUAGCAGAAGCAAUCAGUGAGGAAAUCCACCGGAGCGAUUUGAUGUCGCCAUGAACCAACAGGCGACAGACAAGAAAAGGAACGUCAAGAGCAACGGGACCGCCGGCCCGAGGAACCAACGAAGCGGUGGGAAAAAUGCCAGCUCGGAUCGAACGCCGGUAGUAGACAAAGGACUCUCGACAGCAACGAACUCGGUCCAACCUUCUUUUCUGGGCCCUCGCAGUAUUAGCGCCACGACGGGAUCUUCUAAUAGCAUUAUCUCAAACAACAAUAAUAACAACAACGCUGCCGCUGCCGCUAUCAGUAAUCUAAAUAACAGCACGAGCAGCAACGACGCGAGUGGCGGCAGUGGUGGAACGAGCGCCACUCGAAAUUUAGAGGCCGGCGGCGCUAGCAUCGGCCGCGAUCGAGGCGAUGGGCCUGCCUCUGGAACGGCUCAACAACAAACAGCUUCAUCAACAGCAACAACAGCAGCGGGAUCUGCAACUUUGGGUGGUUCGAGCAUCGUUUCGGCGAACAGCGUUGGACCUGGCUCUCCAAGGGACGGCGUUUUUGUCGCACCAGGACUAGCAGGACUCGCGCAGGGACCCGACGGAGUUUAUAACAAUGCCCGAUUUAUGCAUGCCGUUGCCGCACUCGUGGGUCACACAGUCGAAGUUCGCGUAAGAGGCGAGAAAGAAAUUUAUGAGGGGUUAUUCUACACGUUAUCGCCGGAGUUACAAAUUGUCCUCGAUGGGGUUCUUAUAGAUUCACCCGAUAGGGAACGAAGUAGUCCCGACGGGCGUGGAGGUUUGCCAUUAGAUUCAGCAGCAGCAGCCGCACAGUCUGCUCCGGGACAUCUCGCUGGUCUCGUCCGGAACAUGGAACGGCUGAAAAAUGCUGACCCCUCUCACCAGCCGCUCCAAGAAACUAUGGUUUUUAGUCUACAGGACGUGAUUAGCGUGACAGCGUAUAAUAUCGACAUGGACUACGCCACCAAAGAUAACGCUUUUACAGACGCCGCGAUCUCACGAGGGGCAAAUGGGCGUCCGAUUGAGAGGGACUUGCAGGCCUGGAUGGAUGAUGAGCCCGAAGGUAAAUCGGUUGAAGAAGGCCAACUAGAAGAUAUGUCAGCGGCAACAAGCUGGGACCCUGAGGAAAUGUUCAAAACAAACAAAAGCAAAUUCGGCGUCGAAACGACGUAUCGGGAAAAUCUUGAAGGUUACACGUAUCAGUACGAGCAACGGAACGAUGAUCCGGAGUUCCAACGGCGCGAAGCAGAGGCAGUACGAAUCGCAAUGGAAAUUGAGUCAAAUGUGCAGCAUAAGCGCAACAAUGAGUUGGAAAUAGGUUGCGACGGAGACGAUGAGGAGUUGAAGUACUCAGCUGUUGUCAAGGAAUCGAAAAACGACUCUCGAAGUUCGUAUGUACAUUCUGGUGGCAGACGCAACAAACAAGGCGCUCCCAAUGCUAAUGGCGGUCAGUCUAAGGGAGGUUCUCAACAGCGUGGCGGAACUUCACAUCCCACGCAUCAUACGUCGGGAAAUCCAAAUACACGUGGUGGACACACCCGUUUAUCACCGACAAAUUCACCAGCUCCGCAUGUCCCACUGCCAGUGCUCCAUCCAACGCAAGUAGUUGUUGCGGCAGCAGGCGGUGGUCAGCCAAGGCCACCACAGCCUAUUAAAGAUGAAGGUCGUAGAGGAACAAAUGAGCGAUCCUCACCUGCUGCGCGAACGUCACCACCACCAAAAGUACAACCAACGCAGCAGCAACAGCAACAACAACAGCAACAGCAGGAGAAAUUGCAAGACAAGCAACGAGAGGAUAAAGGACCUCCGCCUGCUGGAGUGGGUCAUAACGCGUUACUAACUCAGCCUCCGACGCAGCAGCAGCAACAGCGGUCGACGCCACCGCCCUCGUUACAGCAACAGCAGCAGCAUGUGGCUGCAUCGGCGCAUGUUCUCCAUGAAGGCAAACGAACGCCUCCUUUGGCUACCAUUACUGCCACCCCGUGCAUUCCUGCGACUAGCAGCCAACCUCCGCAGGCCGGCCAGCAACAACCUUUGCAGUCUGCAGGCCAGCAACCGAUGGGUGGAGCAUCGGCCACAUCUCCGGCCGAAGCUGUGAAAGCUGAUAGUGUCACGUCAAACCAACAACCUCCACAAACGCCCUCGCCUGCUCCCGCGUCCCAGUCUACGUCGGCAGUCUCGACCAGCACCGACGAGAUCGUCAAGAAGAGCACACUUAACCCCAACGCUGCAGAGUUUGUCUUCAAUCCGAAAACAACUCACGUGACGCAAACGACAGUAACGCACAGUAAACAGAGUACACCGCCUGCACAGGUGAUGCACGCUGGUGGGCAUCCGGCACCCAAUCGGCCCAUUAUGGUCCCGCAGCACCUAAUCCUACCGGGCACACCCGUAUUUUCAACGUUCCAGGCCCAUUCACCAGGUCAUGUACCACCGACGCAUGGCCACGGUGGGGCUCACCAGCCUGGCGGAGCUGGAGCCCACCAAGGAGGACGGAAUCAUCAAUAUCGCGGAAAUAAAGGUGGUAAUAACCGACAAGCUGUGGAUCAAACGACAAUGCACGUCACGGGGGCGCCGCUUGUGACCGGAGGCCCACAGACGCAUCAGCAGGUCGUUCUUGGGUAUCCACCUCCUCAUUACGGGCCUGCACCGCCUGGAGGUGUUCCGCCGGUGACCGUGAUGCAGCCUCAGAUUGCUAUGCAACACGGGCAGCAGGUUCAAGUACUAAAUUACAACCAGAUAGUCCAGACACGAGGUGUCAUGUCCCCUCCCGCUGGUCCGGGCGUUGGCGGCGUAGGCUCCCCGUCUAUGGUAGGACCUAUCCACCAAGGAGAAUAUCCAGCGGCAUUGCACAUUGCUGGUCACCCGCAACAAGUGUUCCUGCGAGAUCAACCUACGCAAUUAUUGUAUCAGCAAUUUGAGGGUGCACCAGGCCAGGCUCUCGCAUUCGUUGUUCAACCUCAACCACCUGGUGGCGGGGGACAAUCGGGUGCUCCUACACCUCCCACGGGUGGCGUAGGGGGUCCACAUGGCGGACCUCACGGUCAGCAGCCGCUGUUGGCGUAUCCUGGCCAGCCACAAUGGGGACAGCCGAUGCUACUAGCUAUGAGCCCUAUUAAUCCAUCGAGCGGAGCUCCUACGGGCACGCCGCCACCCCAUCAUGGGCCGCACAUGAACAUGGCGGUCAUGCCGCCACUCGGUCCUCACAGUGGCCCCCAUGGGCAACACGCUCCCACCCAUGGACCGCCGUUUCCUCAAGCGGUCGUUCAGCCUGGGGUGCCGGUGCCUCCGAACGCAAUGCCUGUGCAGCCUGGAGGAUCCGUAGUGGGAGGGCCACCUUCGGCACCAGUUACCGGAGCUCCGACGGGCCAAAGCAAUCAGCAGCAGCAGCCUCCAACUGGUGGCGCCCAGCAGGGUCCCCCGCCGCUUCCCGCCUCACAGCAGCCCCAACAGCCGCCACCACAGCCUCCAGGCUAUUCGCGGUUGGUGGGGCGGAGCGAGUCGGGGAACGGAACAAAACAACAGCAACAGCAGCAGCAGCAGCAGCAACAAAAUCGCCAGCAGUCGCUAAACCAACAGCAAUAGCGGCCGCCGCCGCCGCGGCAUCGAAAAGUGGGUUAUACCAUAACAACCUAAAUAUCAGUGUGGGAAGAAGCAAGCAACGCUCUCAGUUCUGUCAUCUACUUGAAAGGUGUCCUCAACAUCCGCCUCCAAGUCGGAUUCCGACCCAGCUGGGAGCCUCAGCAAGGCUGCCUCGAUGUGACACGGUGUAUACUUGAGCAUAUAUAUAUAUAUAUAUAUAUAUAUAUAUAUAUAUAUAUAUAUAUAUAUAUAUACCUAAUCAUCA